AUGUCUUUCGUCGUUCGCCCUACGCCGCUGCCGGGCACAGAGCCUUUAGUAGACGAGAGGGAGGCCCUGCGCUCUUUGGGGCCCCGCAGUUACGAUGCAAUCGUCAGAGCGAAUAUCCAGACCAUCCGAAGCAACUUGCAGAGCAUUGAAACAAACCUGCGGAAUCUAAACCGCAACUUCAUAUCUCGCCGAAUUGUGGAGUCUUUGCAUGACAAGUUGAAGCAAACUUUCGAUGUCAUUUUGCAAACUGAAACCGCCUUCAAAUCAUGGCUGCAGGAACAGCAGCAAACCGCCGAGGCAGAAAUUGACUCCAUAGAAAAGCAAAGAGAUAAAUUUCUUUUUGAAAAGCUCUUUGCUCAUUUUCAAGCAGAAAUUCGAAGGGUCCAGGACUUGUCUGACCAAGUCCGUCUUGCUGCAGAGCGCACAAACAACCCCGCAGCAGCAGCAGCAGCAGCAGCAGCAGCACAAGGGGAGGAGAGCCGGCCGUUGAGUUACGGGGAAAGUUCCAAGGUCAUUCUGGACAUGGAAAAUGCCGGCGCCUACGGCGGCGACGAGACCGACAAUUUGUUCAUCACAGAAGACUCCAGAGAUAUUGCGGAGUUUGACUUCGUCUCUGAGAACGACGCGUUGCUGUCUCAAGCUGUAACUGAAGACCGUUAUGAAGGCAUUCGGCGAAUCCACGCCCAGGUUUCUCAGGCCAACAGCAUCUUCAAAGACCUCGCAAAUCUCAUUUUCUCCCAAGGCGAAACCCUUAACUCCAUUGAGACGCAAAUGCAGGAGGCCCACGCCCACUCCAAAUCUGCUACGAUGGAGCUGCGGAAGGCGAGCCGAAGGCAGCAGCGCUCAAGGCAGAGGCAAGGAGCUCCUAUUUAA